UUAUCUUAUCAUUUGUGCAAUUUGAUAUCUUUAUCUUUUUGACGUUUUGACCACUCUACACCCCUAGUGUAAACACAAAACAAUGAACAAAUAUUAACAGUACUGUUAUACUUCUUUAUUUGUCAGUAAAAUUACACUGUGUUCAACUUUUAUCUUUAAGUUUUGUCUUUUCGAAAAAUGGAAGGAAAAGAGUUAAAAAGUUUAGACGAACUUAUAAGGAAAAACCUCACGGGAGCCGAUUUACUGGAAUUCAAUAGAAUACAUUACGGAAGAGUGGACAAUCAUGAACUUGAGAUUAAAAGAGAAAAUGUUCAAUACGGGAGUGAAAACAAUUUCGAAAUAUCAUGUUAUGAUUUUCCCGCAAAUAAAGAGGAAAUUAGAAAACCCCGUAUUGUUAAAGUUGGCUUGAUCCAACAUUCUAUUGCAAUACCCACGGAUAAACCAAUAAUUGAGCAAAGAACAGCAAUAUUUGAGAAAGUUAAAAAAAUUAUAGAAAUUGCAGCAGAUGAAGGUGUCAAUGUUCUGUGUUUACAAGAAGCUUGGAGUAUGCCUUUUGCUUUUUGCACCCGUGAGAAGCAACCCUGGUGCGAGUUCGCUGAAUCAGUCAUAGAAGGCCCCAGUACAUUGUUUCUGAAAGAAUUUGCUUCGAAAUAUGGCAUGGUGAUAAUCUCACCUAUACUUGAAAGAGAUGAAACUCAUAGUGACACUAUAUGGAAUACAGCUGUUGUAAUAAAUGAAAUGGGCAAAGUUAUUGGGAAGCAUAGAAAAAAUCAUAUACCUCGGGUAGGUGAUUUCAAUGAAUCUACAUAUUACUUUGAAGGAAACACAGGACAUCCAGUCUUUGAGACAACUUUUGGAAGGAUAGCAAUCAAUAUUUGUUAUGGACGUCAUCACCCUCUUAAUUGGCUAAUGUUUGGGGUGAAUGGGGCUGAAAUUGUCUUCAAUCCUUCAGCCACAGUUGCAGGUUUGAGUGAACAUUUGUGGGCUGUUGAAGCUCGUAAUGCAGCUAUUGCUAACAGUUAUUUCACUUGUGCUAUAAACAGAGUGGGAACAGAAAGUUUUCCAAAUGAGUUUACUUCUGGAGAUGGCAAACCUGCACAUAAAGAAUUUGGUCACUUCUAUGGUUCCAGUUAUGUUACAGCACCGGAUGGUUCCAGAACUCCAGGGCUAUCAAGAGUCAAAGAUGGUCUAUUAAUAGCUCAACUUGACCUCAAUAUGUGUCGACAAAUAAAAGAUAAAUGGGGUUUUUGCAUGACACAGCGCUUAGAUCUUUAUGCAAAUUCUCUUAAUGAAGCCAUAAAACAUGAUUUUAUACCACAGAGACUUCCUAAGAACUAAAA